AUGCGGCUGGGCUCCGGGACCUUCGCUACCUGCUGCGUAGCGAUCGAGGUGCUCGGGGUGGCCCUGUUCCUUCGGGGCUUCUUCCCGGUGCCCGCUCGUUCCCCUUCCCGGACGGAGCCCCGAGCGGAGGCCCCCGUGCCCGAACCCUCGGCCGGAGCCACUUCCAACUGGACAGCACUGCCGCCACCUCUCUUCAGUAAAGUUGUUAUUGUGCUGAUAGAUGCCUUGAGAGAUGAUUUUGUAUUUGGGUCAAAAGGUGUGCAAUUUAUGCCCUACACAACUCACCUUGUGGAAAAAGGAGCAUCUCACAGUUUCAUAGCUGAAGCAAAACCACCUACAGUUACUAUGCCUCGAAUUAAGGCCUUGAUGACAGGAAACCUCCCUGGCUUUAUUGAUGUCAUCAGGAACCUCAACUCUCCCGAACUGCUAGAAGACAAUGUGAUCAAUCGGGUGAAAGAAGCUGGGAAAAGAAUCAUCUUUUAUGGAGAUGAUACAUGGGUGAAAUUAUUUCCAAAGCAGUUUGUGGAAUAUGAUGGAACAACUUCAUUCUUUGUAUCAGAUUACACAGAGGUGGAUGAUAAUGUCACAAGGCAUCUGGAUAAAGUAUUACAGAGAGAGGAUUGGGACAUGCUGAUCCUCCACUACCUCGGGCUGGACCACAUUGGCCACGUGUUUGGGCCUAGCAACCCCCUGAUUGGGCAGAAGCUCAGUGAGAUGGAUAGCAUCCUGAGGAAGAUUCACUCUGCACUGCUUUCGCAGGAGAAACAGACUCUUUUACCCAAUUUGCUGGUCCUCUGUGGAGAUCAUGGGAUGUCUGAAACAGGUAGUCAUGGGGCCUCUUCCAUAGAAGAAGUGAACACCCCUCUGAUCCUGAUUAGUUCUUCCUUCGAAAGGAAACCUGGUGAUGGCCGAUAUCCAAAACGUGUUCAACAAACUGACUUGGCUGCAACGCUAUCAAUAGGACUUGGCCUGCCAAUCCCAGAGAACAGUGUGGGCAGACUUUUGUUCCCAGUUGUUGAAGGAAAACCAAUGAGAGAACAGCUGAGAUUCUUACACUUAAAUUCAGUGCAGCUUAGCAAAUUGCUGCAGCAGAGUGUGCCAUCAUAUGAAAAAGAGCCUGGAUUUGAGCAGUUUAAAAUGUCAGAAAGGUUGCAUGGGAACUGGAUCAAACUGUUCUUGGAGGAAAAUAACUCGGAAGUCCUUUUCAGCCUGGGAAACAAGGUUCGCCGGCAGUAUCUGCAGGCCCUGAAGACCCUAAGCCUGUCCCUGAGCAGACAGGUGGCCCAGUACGACGUCUACUCGAUGGUGGUGGGCAUGGCUGUGAUUUUGGAGGUUCUUACCCUGCUCCUGCUUAGUGUUCCACAAGCGUUGAGCUCCAGGGCUGAGGUGGAAGUCCCUCUCUUGUCCCCUGUAUUUUCCCUGCUCUUUUACUUGAUGUUCCUGUUUUUUUUGGCUGUCCACGUCAUUGUGUGCACCUCAGCUGAGACUUCCUGCUAUUUCUGUAGUCUGUCGUGGUUGAUGGCAGCUGGAGUGAUGUUCCUAAUCUCAGCUCUGCUCUGUGCAUUGGUGUCUGCCCUCAGCAAGAUGUUUGUCAGUGGACAAUUUCUGGGGAAGAAUUUAGUUCAUUCUGACUCAAGAUGGUCAGAAUUAGAUCUUCUCAUCUUAUUGGGGACCUUGGGCCAUGUCUUCAGCCUGGGUGCAAGCAGCUUCAUUGAAGAAGAGCACCAGACCUGGUAUUUCCUUGUCAAUACCCUGUGUCUAGUACUGUGCUAUGAAAUUUAUAAAAACUGCUUCCCCAGCGACCAGUGUCAGCCUCCAUACCACUCACAUGUGGAAGGAUCGCAAAGUACCACACCAGCUCUGAAGAACCAGCGCGCUGGAUGUGACAUGCCAGCACCCGACAAAGUUCACCAGAGUCCCUCCCCCCUGGACAUCCUCAGAGGUUAUAAGAAGUGGAUGGUGUUGGCAAGCCCAUGGUUGAUACUUACCUGCUGCCGACUCCUGCGGUCACUCAACCAGACCGGUGUACAGUGGGCCCAUCGGCCUGACGUGGGACAUUGGCUCACCAGCUCUGAUCAUAAAGCUGCACUCUCUGUUCUGUCCACUCUUUCCCUCGUCAUGAUCUUUUUGUUGGUUCAGAAAAGGUGCUCCCCAGUUUCCAAAGUAGCCAUGAUCCUGGGCCUGCUGGGUGUCUACUGCUACCGGGCAGCUGUAGGAAGUGUGCUGUUGCCAUGGCAGCAAGACAACAAACCCCUUUCACAGGGAAUCAUCGAGGCUCGUUUUGUUUAUGUCUUUGUCCUUGGCAUUCUGUUCAUGGGCAUCAAAGAUUUACUAAAAUACCAGAUUGCUGCAGACGUCAGGACCAAGGCUGUAGGUCUGUGGGAGAUCUAUAGCGGAUUAGCACUGCUGGCAGCCCUGCUCUUGAGACCACAUAACCUUCCUGUCUUAGUGUUCAGCUUGUUGAUCCAGACCAUAAUGACCACCUUCAUCUGGAAGCCUCUAGAACACGAUGCAGCUGAGGUCACCAUCAUGCAUUAUUGGUUUGGCCAAGCCUUCUUUUACUUCCAGGGGAAUUCCAACAGUAUCUCCACGGUGGACAUCUCCGUGGGCUUUGUGGGUCUGGACAGCUAUGUGGAGAUCCCAGCCUUGCUCCUAACCACAUUUGCGACAUACUCGGGGCCUGUGCUCUGGGCUAGUCAUUUAGUUUACUUCCUGAGUUCAGAAAUUAGCAGCCGCUCAGCACUGAGUCAUGCUUGUUUCUGCUAUGCACUGAUUUGUUCCUUUCCAGUUUCCAUAUACAUUAUUUUAGUGACGUCACUGCGUUAUCACUUAUUUAUAUGGAGUGUGUUUUCCCCAAAACUCCUUUACGAGGGGAUGCGUCUACUGAUAACAGCUACUGUCUGUAUCUUCUUCACCAGUGUAAAGUAUUGACUGAAUCAUUGGACCACUAGGAAAAUGCUUUUUCUGUAGGAGAAUGGGGUGUUUUAACUACCCUGGUUGUGCUCAGGUCUUACUACUGCUUCUGCACUCAGGAAUCACUCCUCGCAGGACUUCGAGGGCUAUAUGCACUGCUGGGGGUCAAACCUGGUGAACUCUAUCCAGCCAAAAAUGAUGUAUUUUUAAAUUCUACGGUUUGCUUCAUGGAUUCAUUAAAGUAAUGAAGAGUCUUCAGAUGCAGGAAAAAAAAAAACAUGAAUUGACAGUUUUUGAGUAACCUUGAUUUCUUUCACUGUUGUACUUUAAUUUAGGUUAAAUAU